CCGUGGUGCGUUCAGGUGUCAGGCUGCAGCUCGUAAAGAGUUAAGUGUAAUGUGCGGGAGGAGACACGAGAAAGACAUUUCCAUCUCCUCCUCCGUCUCUACUCUCCUCCUGGGUGCCACUGCUCCGGGUUUUUUUUUCCACGACGACCCGAACGGUACUUGUUGAUCUUUGCUGGCCGAGGCGUGGAGCGAUGAAAGCGGCGUUGUGACGAAUGUGCGGCCGCUGCGUGGAUGUGACACGUCGGAGGAGGAGGAGGGCGGGGAUGGAAGGCAUCACAGCCCAGAUCUAGUGGACCAGUGACGGCGUCUUCCUUUUCAACUGCUGGAUCAUUACGGACAAGCAUGGCAGCAAGGAGGCUUGGUUGAAGUCGAGCCGCUUCCUGCUUUUGCGCUCACGAUGGAGAAGUCGUUGGCAGAGUUCACCAAAGUGGGUUCUCAGUCCACGUCUUCGCUCCCGCAGGAUCCGGCAGACGUGGUGCGCAGUAAAUCAUGUUUGCAGAGGGUCCGCUUGAAUGUGGGCGGCCUCCCUCACGAGGUCCUGUGGAGGACCUUGGAGCGCCUCCCUCGGACGCGGCUGGGAAAGUUGCAGGACUGCAGCAGCCACGAGUCGCUGAUGGAGGUUUGUGACGACUACAACACGGAGGACAACGAGUUCUUCUUCGACCGACAUCCCGGCGCCUUCACGUCCAUCCUCAACUUCUACCGCACGGGCAAACUGCACAUGAUGGAGGAGAUGUGCGCUCUGUCCUUCAGCCAAGAGCUGGACUACUGGGGCAUCGACGAGAUCUACCUGGAGUCCUGCUGCCAGGCCAGGUACCACCAGAAGAAGGAGCAGAUGAACGAGGAGCUCAAAAGGGAGGCGGAUAAUUUGAAGGACCGCGAUGGCGACGAAUUCGACAACACGUGUUGUGCCGAGAAACGGAAGAAACUGUGGGACCUUCUGGAAAAGCCCAGCUCGUCUGUUGCUGCAAAGAUCCUGGCCAUCAUCUCCAUCCUCUUCAUCGUGUUGUCUACCAUCGCCUUGUCCCUCAAUACUCUACCAGAGCUUCAGGACACAGAUGAGUUCGGUCAGUCCACUGACAAUCCUCAGCUGGCCCACGUGGAGGCAGUGUGCAUCGCCUGGUUCACCAUGGAGUAUCUUCUCCGCUUCCUCUCAUCGCCCAACAAGUGGAAGUUCUUCAAAGGUCCUCUGAAUGUCAUCGACCUGCUGGCCAUCCUGCCUUACUAUGUCACCAUCUUCUUGACGGAAUCCAACAAGAGCGUGUUGCAGUUUCAGAAUGUGCGCCGCGUAGUCCAAAUAUUUCGGAUCAUGCGAAUCCUUCGUAUUCUGAAGCUCGCUCGCCACUCCACAGGGCUUCAGUCUCUGGGCUUCACCCUCAGGAGAAGCUACAACGAGCUGGGCCUGCUCAUUCUUUUCCUGGCCAUGGGCAUCAUGAUCUUCUCCAGUCUAGUGUUUUUUGCAGAGAAGGAUGAGGAGGACACCAAGUUUAAAAGCAUUCCGGCUUCUUUCUGGUGGGCGACCAUCACAAUGACCACAGUCGGUUAUGGAGACAUCUACCCCAAGACUCUGCUGGGCAAGAUAGUCGGGGGUUUGUGCUGCAUAGCCGGAGUGCUGGUGAUAGCGCUCCCCAUUCCAAUCAUUGUCAACAACUUCUCUGAGUUCUACAAGGAGCAGAAGAGACAAGAAAAAGCUCUGAAACGCAGAGAAGCCCUGGAGAGAGCAAAGAGAAAUGGUAGCAUCGUCUCCAUGAACUUGAAGGAGGCGUUUGCCCGUAGUGCAGAACUGAUGGACGUGGUGGUGGAGAAGAAUGAGAGGUCUCAUGAUAACCACCUCUCACCCAAUCGUUGGAAGUGGACGCCGAAGAGAGCAACAUCAGAAACCAGUUCCAACCGCUCCUUCAACACGCAACACUUAGGAUCGCCUGAGAAGAAUCAGGACUGCAGUCCUCAAAAGUUGAACGUUCAUAAGCUGGAGGAGAUGUACGCCCAAAUGGCCAAGACUCAGUCACAGCCAAACCUCAACGCUAAAAACAGAGCUUCCAGGGUCGGAAAGUCAAGAGAUGAGAUCGAGCUUGGUGCCAUGCAGGAUCACCGUCCAUCAACGAUGGCAACCAGAGAAGGCGUCGGCGACAUGAAGAGUCUGUCCAGCAUCGACAGCUACAUCAGCUGCGCUACCGACUUCCAGGAGAACCUGCGACACCCUCAGAGUUCACCGUUGGACCUUUGCCAUAGUAACAGUCCGACUAUAACUUGGUCACAGAACACCUGCGGUGCGCCCACACUGACACCCACCACUGUCACCAAACCGUCCUGCUCGGAAAAUGCGAGAAAAUUCUUGUUCUCCAGCAACGCGUCAAGAAGCUUCUUCUCCAAGGAAAGCUGCCGCAACGACAAGACGUCCGGACCGUCGCCGCUGUCGGACAGCUCCGUCCUGUCCGACCACUCUUUGCUCAGCCCCCAAGUGUCCGUCUACACAACGGCCAGCAGCAGGACCCCGCCCAAGUCUCCAGAGAGUGCCGCCUUGGCCCCCACCGUCUUCACCUUCCACGACUCUUCGAUCAGCAAGUACAUUGACGCUGACACGGACGAUGACGAGCACCUGCGAGACAUCUCUGACGCCAGUCCCACAGAUCGCCUGCUGAGCGGCUCCAGCCCAAAGCGCAGCAUUAACAUCAACUACCAGCGAGGAAGCAACCAUCUAGAAGCAGCACACAAGAUGCUGGCACAAAACUGCCUGUUCCCUCGUGAGGGAACGUGUGGACUUCCUCACGAGAACCAUGUGGGACCAGAGAUGGGACGCAGGUAAAAAAGACGUCAAAAUACUUUGGACAAAAGCCACUGAGUGUUGAGGUUGGAACUACGGAGAAGAAUGUUCUGGAAACAUCCAACCAGAGACAAAGGACACAAAGUCUCACCUUAUAAACAGGAAAAAUACGGAGGACGACUCUGGGAAUAAAACUAGGAACUUCACUGCCCCUUUUCGACUCAUUCCAAUUAUUCCGCAAGACAGAAAUGUAGCCAGCAGGUCACAUGACGAUCACACGACAUGUGCUUGUUAAGUCCUCGCUGCCCACAAAACACUUUUUGUAGUCUUAACGAUCCAGGAGAGCUAAAAAACCUUCAAGCGGCUUCUUCUCACUCUUCAUUCCCAAACCUGGCCUUAGUCAUCUUCAUCUGUGCAUGUGAGCGUGCAUGUGAGGAUGACUGCCGAUGGACGAUAAUUCAUGUAAAGAUUGUCCAAGCUGAUUUAUUUUUUAUAGCUAAGAGCAAAGUAGAUUUGUCAUAAUCAACGCUAACGGUUGCUAAGGCUUCGAAUACGAGAUCAUUCGUCUGAAGCUUCAGUAUUUUGUCACAUGACAUUUCAACAUCGUCACUGUUAGCUGAGUCGUUCAUAAUACGUGACGGAAAAAAACAGUUCUUUAUUGUUUUUAUAUCAAACAAUACGCACACAGGCCACUUUAUUAGGUACACCUGCGCAAUUCAAUACAGUGGUCGACUCGAUGCAGCGCAAGCUCUGACUGUGUCAGGAAGUGUUGUUUACCAAAUAUUUACUACUAAAGUACACACUCCGUUGAGAUUACACAUCUGAAUCAUAUCAUAACAUCAUAUUAACUAUGAUGCCACCUUGUGGACAGAGUGAAAACAUCAAGCUUAUUCCUCCUUGUAAUUCAGGACAAACACACCAAAUGUAUAAAAAAACAACUAAAAAUGUAAAAUCAUUUCAACUGUAAUCAAAUGAAUGAAUGUAUGAAAUGCACUUUAAAAAUAACAAUGCUCAGUUUUGAUCAUGAAUCUGUUAAAGCAGCUGAGACAGGCUCCAGCACCCCCCGCAACCCCGAAAGGGACAAGCGGUAGAAAAUGGAUGGAUAUAUGAAUUAUAUUAUAAAUACAUGUUUUACCAGCUGCCUAUUUACUGUUACGUACUCUCUGUUACACAUUUCAAAACAGGAAGUGAAUAAACUAUCCAUAUAGACAAGAAAAAAGGUAGAAUUAAUUAGGUUUUGCUUCUCUGCUCCUUAUAAAAAAUGUUGGAUUGUUGAAGCUUGAUUAACUGAAAUGCCUGAUAAAACUAAUACACAAAUACAUAACUUCAUGCUGCCACUGCUACACUUUCAGCAUAAAGUGUUCUCUCCAUUAUUGCAGAGUGUUCGAUUAAUUUCUGUAAAGAAAGUAUUUAGUGGCUGAAUAUUACCGUAUUUUCUGGACUAUACAGCGCACCGGGAUAUAAGCUGCACCCACUACAUUUUAGAAGAAAACAUAUUUUUCCAUGUAUUAGCCGCACCUGACUAUAAACUGCUGAUAAGUUUAUUUACAUACCUUAAUUGCAGAGGUGUGGACUCGAGUCACAUGACUUGGACUCGAGUCAGACUCGAGUCAUGAAUUUGAUGACUUUAGACUCGACUUGACAAAAUGUAAAGAGACUUGCAACUCGACUUAGACUUUAACAUCAAUGACUUGUGACUUCACUUGGACUUGAGCCUUUUGACUUGACAUGACUUGCUACUUUCCCCAAAACCUAAAGCUUAAAAAGUUAUUUGGGAGCGCUCCGUAGCUUUCAUUUUGUACGUGUCUGUCUAUCAGCGUGUGUGCUGCGUGUCAGCGUGUGUGCUCUCAGUACAACAGCCAAUCAAAUUAGAUCUACAUUGUUUUCAUCACACAGCAUUGAUCCAAUCAAAUUGCAGGACAACCAAUGAACAAGAGUUGUCAAACAACGCGCCAGUGAGAAAGAUUUAUACCAAAGUUGGUUUCGUUCGUAUAAAAACUACGACUUGGUCAACGAAUUGCCGUAUGCAAAUCACGCAGUUCGAAUAUUACAGACGGAGACGCAACAACUUCCAACUUCGUUCGACAUUUGAAGUUGCACAAAAAAGGGUAAGUUUUGAAUGUAAGAUAACGUUUAUUGGCUAAGUAACAUGACUUUUAUUUGCUGUGUAGUUAAAUCAGUGAGGCUGUAAACUCACUGCUAACGUCAUAACCAUAGACAUCUUAUAAGGGUACACAGCAUCGAGCGCUACUGCCUACUGGCGCAGACGAGACGCGGGGCCGCCAUCUUGGAGUGGUGAUCCGCUCCACUCAGUGCAAUUCAUUUGGCAGGAGCAAUGAACUGUCAACGCAUUUAAUUCAUUUUACCUCACUGAAUACCACUCAUUUUCACGCGCUUUUUUGUCAUACGUGUAGCUAUGUAAGGGACACAUGUUUUAUUAUUCAUAGUUUGCUUAACAGUAAUUGAAUAUUCUUAUACGCUAUAAGUGACCAGACGUCCGAGAUUAAAACUGGGAAUAUAAUCCCAGAGAAGGGGGGAAAAAACGGUCAGCUAUUUUUAAAUUGAAGAAACAAUAUGAUUACGUUAUAUAUACAUGCUACAUAAACAAUGUAUGAAUACAUUAGAUAUCUAUAUAUCUUAUAGACCGUAUCUCUGUUGCUGCAGCAGCAGAGAGUUUAUUCUGUCGUGACACUUUGUAUUGAUAUUUUGUAUUACAUUCUUCCCUUAAAUGAUCAUGUUUACAGUGAUUGUUAUAUAUGUAUUUUUUAU